UCCUUGCUGCUGACGCGCACUUCGCGCGGCCGCGCAAGUGUCCCCGCCCCCCCCGCCUGGCGCGGGUACACUCUGCCGUGGGAUUUCGGGGACGCGCUCGGACUUUAGCGGCAGCAACAAGAUGCCGGCGGUGUCGAAGGGAGACGGAAUGCGCGGCCUGGCCGUCUUUAUCUCCGAUAUUAGGAACUGUAAAAGCAAAGAGGCAGAAAUUAAGAGGAUAAACAAAGAAUUGGCGAACAUUCGCUCAAAGUUUAAAGGGAUGCUGUCAAGCUCCCAGGGCACAUCAUUAGUUGGAGACAAGGCGCUGGAUGGCUACAGCAAGAAGAAAUAUGUGUGCAAGCUGCUCUUCAUCUUCCUCUUGGGCCAUGACAUCGACUUUGGCCACAUGGAGGCCGUCAAUCUGCUCAGCUCCAAUAAGUACACGGAGAAGCAGAUUGGCUACCUGUUCAUCUCGGUGUUGGUGAACUCCAACAGCGACCUCAUCCGGCUCAUCAACAACGCCAUCAAGAACGACCUGUCGAGCCGUAAUCCCACUUUCAUGAACCUGGCGCUGCACUGCAUUGCCAACGUGGGCAGCCGGGAGAUGGCAGAGGCCUUUGCCGCCGACAUCCCGCGCAUCCUGGUGGCAGGAGACACCAUGGACAGCGUGAAGCAGAGUGCAGCCCUCUGCCUGUUGCGCCUCAACCGAACCUCACCGGACCUGGUGCCUAUGGGCGAGUGGACCUCCCGUGUGGUGCACUUGCUGAACGACCAGCACCUGGGAGUGGUGACUGCAGCCACUAGCCUCAUCACCACGCUCGCCCAGAAGAACCCCGAGGAGUUCAAGACCUCUGUGUCUCUGGCAGUUGCAAGGCUCAGCAGGAUCGUGACGUCAGCUUCCACAGACCUGCAAGAUUACACCUACUAUUUUGUCCCGGCGCCAUGGCUGUCCGUGAAGCUUCUGCGCCUUCUGCAGUGCUACCCACCCCCAGAGGACGCGGCUAUCCGGGGGAGGCUGAGUGAGUGCCUGGAAACCAUACUGAACAAGGCCCAGGAGCCGCCCAAGUCCAAGAAGGUGCAACACUCCAAUGCCAAGAACGCCGUGCUGUUUGAGGCCAUCAGCCUGAUCAUCCACCACGACAGUGAGCCCACUCUGCUAGUGCGAGCGUGUAACCAGCUGGGCCAGUUCCUGCAGCACCGGGAGACCAACCUGCGCUACCUGGCCCUGGAGAGCAUGUGCACACUGGCCAGCUCCGAGUUCUCCCACGAGGCCGUGAAGACGCACAUCGAGACUGUCAUCAACGCCCUGAAGACGGAGAGGGACGUCAGUGUCAGACAGAGAGCAGUGGACCUCCUCUACGCCAUGUGCGACCGCAGCAACGUGCAGCAGAUCGUGGCAGAGAUGCUAAACUACCUGGAGACUGCGGAUUACUCCAUCCGGGAGGAGAUAGUCCUGAAGGUGGCCAUCUUGGCCGAGAAGUAUGCAGUGGACUACACGUGGUAUGUAGACACCAUCCUGAACCUGAUCCGCAUCGCUGGGGACUAUGUCAGCGAGGAGGUGUGGUACCGCGUCAUCCAAAUCGUCAUCAACCGCGACGACGUGCAGGGCUAUGCGGCCAAGACCGUCUUCGAGGCCCUGCAGGCCCCAGCCUGCCAUGAGAACCUGGUGAAGGUCGGGGGCUAUAUCCUGGGAGAGUUCGGGAACCUGAUCGCCGGGGACCCGCGCUCAAGUCCGCUGGUUCAGUUCAACCUGCUGCACUCCAAGUUCCACCUGUGCUCAGUGCCCAGUCGUGCCCUUCUGCUCUCCACCUACAUCAAGUUCAUCAACCUGUUCCCCGAGGUGAAGGGCACCAUCCAGGAGGUGCUGCGCUCCGACAGCCAGCUGCGCAACGCUGAUGUGGAGCUGCAGCAGCGCGCCGUGGAGUACCUGCGGCUCAGCUGCAUUGCCAGCACCGACAUCCUGGCCACAGUGCUGGAGGAGAUGCCCCCUUUCCCUGAGCGGGAGUCAUCCAUCCUGGCCAAGCUGAAGAGGAAAAAGGGGCCCGGAAUGGUGCCCGACAUCGAGGAAGGUCGCAAGGAUAAGAACGUGAAUGGAGGCAUGGAGCCCAUCAGCACCAAUGCCACCACCAAGACCUCUUCUUUUGUCUCCACUGGUGACCUCCUGACCCCUGAACCACCCCGCUUCAAUCGUCCACGCCCUGUGUCGUCAUCCUCGUUCUCCUUUUUGCCGGCCCCCCUCAUGCCGUUGCCACCAUCUGGGCCCCCACCGGACCCUACCUUGCAGUCGACGCCCUCGCCGUCCACUGACCUGCUGGGCUUAGGCGGCAGCCCCGCCCUCUCCUCGGCCCCUCCCUCCUCCUCAGCCGGAGGCCUACUGGUGGACGUUUUCACAGAAAACCACGCCCCCGCUGCCCCGGGGGUCCCCAUGGGACCUGUAGCUGAUGACAACUUCUCAAGGUUCGUGUGCAAGAAUAAUGGCGUCCUGUUUGAGAAUCAGCUGGUACAGAUUGGUCUGAAGUCAGAGUUCAGGCAGAACCUGGGUCGCAUGUACAUCUUCUAUGGCAACAAGACCUCCACACAGUUCCUCAAUUUCUCAUCCUCUGUUAUCUGCCAGGACUCUCUCAAAACUCAACUCAACAUUCACAUCAAGCCCGCUGACCCUACCGUGGACGGAGGAGCCCAGCUGCAGCAGAUCCUCAACAUCGAGUGCGUGUCGGACUUUGUGGAGGCACCGGUCUUAAGCACCCAGUUCAGGUAUGGAGGCACUUUGCAGAACAUUGCUGUCAAGCUGCCCGUCACCCUCAACAAGUUCUUCCAGCCCACGGAGAUGACAUCACAGGACUUCUUCCAGCGCUGGAAGCAGCUUAGCGCUCCUCAGCAGGAGGUACAGAAGAUCUUCAAAGCCAAGCAUUCCAUGGACACUGAGGUCACCAAAGCCAAGAUCAUUGGGUUUGGCGUUGCUUUAUUGGACCGAGUGGAUCCCAACCCGUCCAACUUUGUUGGCGCGGGAGUGAUCCACACGAAGACAACGCAGGUGGGCUGCUUAUUGAGGCUGGAGCCCAACACGCAGGCACAGAUGUACCGUCUCACACUACGGACAAGCAGGGACACUGUAUCGCAGCGGCUCUGUGAACUGCUGUCAGAUCAGUUUUAGGCUGCUGCUGUGGCGGUGAUGUGGUCUGCCUGGAUCGCCAUGUGCCCUGUCUGCUACACCAGUGAUCAGAUCUUUGUGUUUCAUCUCCCCUCCUCCUCUUUGAUAUUUACAUUUGAAUUGCUUCAAUGUACAGUGUAAAUUUUUUUGUUAUUUUUUUACAUAUAUAAAUGAUUACCUUUUGUCACUUAGCUUUACUAAUAAUUCACGGUUUUUUGUCUACUGUUCUAUAUCCCUGCGCAUGUGCAAGAGACCGAUGCUUCAUACAUGGGCUUCAGUCAGCAGAGAAGGCUGCUUUUAGCCCCGUUGCCGUUUUGAAAAUGAUGGUUUAGCCUGUGUCCUCUGAGUCUAAAGGAGCCAUGACACUGCCCUGUGAUCGGUCAGGUUAACUGAUGGAGUGCCCUGUGAUUGGUCAGAUGGUUCUUCCUGUGUUCGGUCAGUUUACCUGGUGGGGCGCGCUUGUAGUGUCACAUGGUUCGAGACCUCGUUUGACUGUGUAGCUCCUGUGCUGCCAGACCCUCUGCACUGUGUGAUGGAGCUUCCACCAUUGUGCCUUCAGGGCUAGGGUCCCCCGCCAAGGCCCAGCCCAAGUGAGAGUGGACACACGUCCCUUCCGGUGACCCUGUGUUUUUUAAACACCUCCCCCCUCCGCUCCCCCAUCACCAAAGUCAUAUUAAAGUGUGCUUCACAGUGGUUAAUUUCACUCUGACAGAUAUUAGGCCAGCUGGUAAAACAUCUGCUGUUUCAGCUAGACCCCCAUUCGGGCACAUGUUCCCAUAGGUGGUACAGCUCCACCCGGAGGAGGGGCCCAGUGACACCCAGAGUGCAGUUUGCUUGUUGGCCUGCGCCUGCUGGAAUUGGCCCCAUGCCCCAACCCCCAUAUGCGUCUGAAUUGCCAAGCUGUUCAAAUAAGUGCCUCUAUUAAAUGGCAGUGACAGCCAUAAGUGCCUAGGUGGCAUUCAGGUGAGUAUAGGGUGGUGCCCAGUAUGUCCUGCAGUGAGACCGGCUGCAUGGUCUCCUUCUCUGUCCAGCAUGGUGAGCUGCUAACAGUGUGAUUAUUUUCCAAUGAUUGGAUGCAUUUCUAAAGUGCUUCAGGCAGCCAGUGAGCAAGGCAAAAUUAACCUCGUCGGAUGGGGUUUGGUGGGACUCGUGUCUACAGUACAAGUCAUUUAUUGUGACACAAAGCCAUCCCUAGAGUUUUUCCAUAUCCCGUUUUACUUUCUACUGUUCGGAAUGGCGAAAGGAAAUGUGGGACAUAAAAGGAUCUGUGAAAAUUUUAACUAUGCUCAAGUAACCACGGGUUUGUGAUUUGAGGCGAUGCUCUGAUGCCUUGACGACUGGCCACUUGUGGUGUCAUGUGACUGUUGACUGACAGCUGCCACUGCCUUCAGUUCCUCCCUGUGCCUUGAACCAGUGGUGUUUCAUUUGUUUUUAAUGUCAACAACUCUGCUCUGUAUCAUACACCAAGUUAUGGCCAUUAAACGUGAAUGUGUCACUUU